AAAGAGAGAUCAGAGAACACAACGUUCAUUUCGUUUUCAUUUCCAUUUCAUUUCACGAGAGAAACCUCUCAUGUGACGACCACAUUCACCAAUGGCUUCUUCUUCUUCUUCUUCUUCUUCUUCUUCCGCGCCUACAACUCCUUCUCCCUCCUUCACCGCUCGCAUUCCCCUUCCUCCUUCAGGUGACAGCCCUCCUAAUGUUGAAUCUAAUUCAGCUCUGGUUCCUAUCCAUAUUGUGACAACUGCAUCUCAACUCCCAACUGAGUUUCUGGAACCAUCGCCGCAGCACCAGUUCAUCAUUGGUUUUGAUUGUGAGGGCGAAGACUUGUGUCGAACUGGAGCUCUAUGUCUAAUACAGCUUGCAUUCCCAGAUGCCAUUUACUUGGUUGACGCAAUAGAAGGUGGGGAAGCGCUGAUCAAAGCCUGUAAGCCUGCGCUCGAGUCCAAUUUCAUCACAAAAGUGAUUCAUGAUUGCAAAAGGGAUAGUGAGGCAUUGUACUUCCAGUUUGACAUCAAGCUGAACAACGUGAUGGAUACCCAGAUUGCAUAUGCACUGAUCGACGAGCAAGAAGGGAAGCGGAAAAGAGAUGACAACAUUUCUUUUGUUGACCUCCUAGCUGAUCCACGUUUUUGUGGCAUAUCAUAUGAUGAGAAGGAAGAGGUUCGGGUUCUCCUUCGACAGGACCCCAAGUUUUGGAGAUAUAGACCUUUUUCUGAACGUAUGGUCCGCACAGCUACUGAUGAUGUCCGUUUUCUUCUGUAUGUUUAUCACCGAAUGAUGGUGAACUUGAAUGAGCGGUCCUUAUGGCAUCUUGCGGUUCGUGGUGCCCUGUAUUGCCGAUGUUUUUGUGUGAACAAUAAUGAUUAUGCUGAUUGGCCAUCUCUGCCUCCUAUCCCAGAUACGCUGAAAGUUGAUGGAAAUGAUCUGGAGGAAGAAAUUCUUUCAGUAGUAGACAUUCCCCGAGGAAUGAUGGGACGAGUUAUUGGUAGAAGGGGGGCUACAAUCUUGACAAUUAAGGAGGGAUGCAAUGCGGAAAUUGUCAUUGGAGGUUCGAAGGGCCCACCUGACAAGGUCUUCAUCAUUGGACCAGUGAAGCAGGUGUUGAAAGCUGCGGCAUUGAUUAGGGGUAGAAUCAUAGAUAUAUAGUGAGGAAAAUGCUAUGGCUGCAUCUCAAUUCUGAUACAUACAAUUUUUAGCCUAUAGUGCGUCUUGGAUUGAAUUUCGGGGGUUGGAGUUGAUCAAAUACCUUCGACCCCCUGUCCCCUUCAUCUGCCGGGGAGAAAGGAUACAAACAUUUUGAAAUUUUUUCAAUCACAGAACUGCCAAAAAUUGUUUCAUUUCU